UAUGAUAGCCUUUCUUUCUGUCUAGCUAAAUAUAGUUAGCUACUUGGUUUAUUUGAUAUGGAUGUACUGGGGAAUUUAGAAGUCAGGUGGGCACAGGGAUUGACACAUCAAAAUGUUGAAUUUGUUGACAAGAAAACAGUGUGUUACAUCUGUGGGAAUUACAUCGUUUUCCUGGACAUGAAGACCAAAAAUCGAAAUGUGCUGCAAAGUCCUGGAAGAGGAAUAGGUACCGUCACUGCAAAUAGCAAUUGUAGAACUCUAGCGUUCUCUGAGCAAAGGCUGAAUCCCUCCAUAUUUGUGUACAACUACCCAGGACUUGGGUUGAAAAACGAAUUAAAGGGAACAGCCAAACUAUCCUACACUUCUAUAGCCCUAAGUGAUGCUGGUCCAUAUUUGGCCUGCUGCUCAUCACUUCCAGACCACACCAUAACAGUAUGGAAUUGGGAGACUGGAUCUCAAAUUUGUAAGCAGUCACAGGCUGUAAUGGGUAUAACAUCUUUGAUAUUCAACCCUCUGAACUGGCUUCAGAUUUGUGCUGUGGGGGCUGCAUCCCUAACUGUUUGGAACAUUGAGAAGAGUGACAACUUUCAUAUCAUGAAACCAGGUGUGAUAGAUCUCCCUGCUACUGAUGGCACCCUUGUGGAGAGGGAGUCGAACCCCUCUCAUGUUCCCAACGGCAAACUCACCUACUUUGGCCCUCAGAUGCCUAAUACUGCAGUCGCAGGGCUGACAGGAGACAAGGCAGCAUGUUUUGUGCCUAUGAAGUGGAUCAGGAGCAGACUAAGCCCUAGUGCUGUCUGCUGGACAGCUUCUUCAGAACUUUAUGUGGGAUGUAAGGAAGGUUUUCUGUUGCAGGUCGACCCAGAGUCUCUCUCCAUCACUGUCCUGUUCAGCCCCACAGCUGCUGGAGAUGUAACCGAUCUAAAAGAGGGAAGCUUUGAAAGCUUUGCUCUACAUAAACAUGGACUCUUUGUUUCAGGAAAGGAGAGUCUGUUACGCUGCUUGAAAAUCAAAGGUGACCACGUUGAGGUCACACAACAUUGGAAUUUAGAUGAACCAGCCUCAACCAUCACAUUCUCCCCUGACUAUGAUACACUUAUGUUAACAUCUCAUACUGGGCGCAUCUACAAGUACGAACCCACAAAGUCAGAGAAGGUGGUUAAUGUUCUGGAUGUGCUCAGUGGCAACUUUGUGGCGGCAGCUUCGCUGUACACAGAGAGAAACGUCUGUGUGUCGGUGAGGGACUCAGGAGAGAUGCAAGUGUGGUCUCUAGAUGAUGGCAUUUGCAUCGGAACCUUAUCUCUUCAAGUAAAGGUGAGCAGCUUGGCCUGUUGCCCCACAGCACAAUACGUUGCCGUGGGAACAUUUUCGGGUCACAUCCUGUUAAUCGAGCUUACCAGGGAGCAGGAGCCUCGCCUGGUCCACAGGGUCCACCUCUACAACGCUCCAGUAGACCACCUAGUCUUUGACCAGGGAGGACAUUUCCUCUUCACUGGUGCCUCUGACUCCCUAAUCUAUGUACUGGACUCAAAGCCAUCCAAGAAGUUUGAAAUCAUCGGCUACACAGGUGUCCACGGGCCGGUGGUCUCCAUGUCUACCCAGUACAACCGGGACAGCAAGCAGGUGAGGCUGCUGGUCCUGUGUGCUGGAGUGAAGGACACCAGUCAAGGCUGUGGGGAGGGCAGCCUGCUUACUCUGCUCACACUGCCCGUACAGAAGCUCACAGAGGGAGCAAAGUGUGCAGACCUACGGGGUUCCCUGUCUGAUGACAUCGUAAAGAGCUGCACCUACAAGGUCCCUCACUCACUCAGCUCAUCAGUCCUGGGGACCAAUAAGAUCUUUGCUUACUGCCACAAGAAAAAAACUCUGCAGAGAUUUCCGAUUCCUGAGAGCACUGAGAGGUCACCUGACCAGGAACUGGACCAGAUAAGUCCUGAUAAGGAGGUGGAAGGUCAUCCUCUAGGUCCUGCGUCUGUUCUGCUGUCACCCCACCAGAACUGGCUAGCGUCUGUAGGCAAGGAUGGCCUGCUGCGCAUUAGGGAUAUCUCAAGCCUGGAGCGGUAUGUUCAGAUGCAGUGUCAUUCUUGUUGGCUGGACGGUAUCAGAGCAGUGGCCUUCACCUCUGACAGUCAGACUCUGAUCACUGCAGGCCUCAGAGACGGCUCUCUGGUCUGUACCAGGCUCAAGUUCAAAACCACUGGAGCUAGCAAAGGCAAUGCAGCUACCCAAUACAGCCAGUCCAUGGCUAAGUCUCUGGAGAGUGUUGUGACAUUAGAGAACCCUGUCCUCAGUCAGAUGGCUGACUGGAGCUCAGGUGUAUUGUCUCCCACUGGCUCAGCUGACCUACUUGAAGUUGAGGCCAGUGACAAGAGACAGCCGGUGGAUGUAACCGAGCAGGAUGAGAGUUACACCAACCUGCCCCUGGCCACAGACUCCACCUGGUUGGACAACAAACUGGAAGCGGUCAUCAAGGAAGAGAGUCAGCAAUUCUCUGAGACGAAGAAGAAGCUGAGGAAAAGAGUCAAACAGUUGCGAGACACCAUCCAGGGGAUGAUGCGUGAGAACGAGAGCCUUCCCGACAUGGAGCGCCUGGAACCGCAGGAAUUCAACCUGGAUGUGGAGGAGCAGAAGAGGCUGCAGGCUGAGGGGGAGCAGGAGGUCACCAGGGUCCGAAAUGAGAUAGAGCUGGAGAACCUUUCCAAAUGCUACUUGCGUGAUGUCCUCAAGAGAGAGUGUUGGGAUUCCAUGAAGGUCAAAGGGCAAGCUAUCAAGGCCUUCCACUCUGACCACGAGGUGAAGAACUACCCCAUGAAGGAGCGCACACAAAAGGAGCUCGAGGAACUUGAAAGGGUGCAGUGUAUUAGGAAGAUCGAAAACACAGACUGCAAUCUCCAACAGGAGAUUCUGGAGACGAAGAGCAGGAACCCUGUGGAAAAAGAGGAAGAGGAGGAAGAGGAGGGACACGAGACAGAGAGCGCCGUUCACACAGGAAGUCUGAGCGCUCAAUUUGGAGGUUCAAACCCCUUCCUCUACAACCAAUUCAGCCUGCACAUCAGAGAGCAGAAGAUCAACCAGCUAACCCUGCUCCAGGAUGUGAUCUACAAAGUAAAGACGGCCUUCAACACCGAGUUUCUGGCGGUGUACAAGCAAAAGGAGCAGGAGAUGAACCGCGUGAAGGAUAAGAACCGACGUAUCGUGGAGAUCAUGGCUGAGCUGGAUCUGAAAGAGAAGCUAUGGGAGUCGAGCCUGUCAGACAACGAACGUCCUGAGAGGGCGCUCACUGUACAGGACUCUGAGAUUCAAGUAGAGAAGUACCUCUCCCCGGAGCAGAGGGCGAUGAAUGAGGAGAAACAAAAGGCAGAGGAACAAAGACGCCUGGCUGCUAAGGUCGACAACAUCAGAGACAGAGCUCUGGAUGACAUGAUGGGUGGAGUGCUUGAGCUGAAAAAAGAGGACAUCCUGAAAAUGGAGGUCCCGCCGCCUGAGUUCAUCUUGUCCAAGUCAGACAUCCAGUGGACUGAGGAGGAGAAAAAGAUCCACAAAGACUAUGAGAAAAAAGCAAAGGAGCUGAGCGAGGAAAAGGAGAAAUACAGAAAGACCUUGGAGACUGAAAUGAAGAAACUACAGACAUCUAUCAAAGAAGCCACCCAGGGCUUUGAUGAUACCUUGACUAAGCUGUUUGAGAGGAAGGUUAAAACUGAGAUGGUUAUUUACCAGGAGGAGCUGAAAAUUGCCAACCUUGUUCACUCCCUUCUCAUUGAGGAAGAGAUGCUCAAUCGUGAGAGAGAGCUCAACGUGAAACUAGAAAAGGCUCGAAUUUACAAGAAUGAUAUUGGAGAAGAGCUUAACAGACACAAAGAGGAUGUGGAGCUCUUCCGUGACUCUUAUGACAACGUUGUAGCAGAAGAUAAAAUUCUGGAUAGGGGAUUCAGGAAGGAGUUCAUGGAUGUGCCAGGUCAUGUUGUUGAUCAUUUGUACAAGCUUUACAAGCGCAGACCCAGGGUCCAGAGGAUAAGGACCCAGGCAGAGAACAGCACCAGCCCUUUUAAAGAAAACCUUGGGCCUGAGUCAGGCCGUGCAGCGGCUGAGGGGCUCUGCCAGAUGAUGAAGGCCAUGGAAGAACUGGACACUCCAGAGAACAUGCCUGACGGCCUGGACCCCUCUGUGUGGGAGAGGUUCUGCCUAGCCCGCAGAGCCAAGGUGGAAAGUGAACAGCAGGUGAAAAUGAAGGCUUUGACUCUAGCUGAAAUGCAAGCUUUCCUGCAGAAGAGGAUUGAUGAGGAUGAAAGUGCAAAGAUGGAGAUAAAAAACCUUAUCGACGAUGUCAAUGGCCUGCGUGAGGAGAAAAUGCGUUUCCGUCUGGACAUCAUGGUCCAGAUUCUGAUGAAGCAGGGCCAGGUGGAGGUGGAGCCGGGAGACUUCAUCGCUGACUACUCUGAUUCCCUGCUGCUCCCCAGGAAUGUGGUGGAGGACCUCAAUGGCACCAUCAGGGCUUUGGGAGAGCAAAAGAUAGCCAAGAUGGUUGAGUGUAAGGACUUCCGUAAGGGCAUCAUUCAGCAAGAGUGGGAACACAAGAGGAUGCGGAUGCAGAUGGAGGACCUGAACACCAAGGCCAGGGACAUCCAGAUGCUGCGUGUCUCACAGGAGCUACAGGAGUAUCUCAGUGAGACAGACCAUGACAAUCGAAUGUCAAAAAAGGUUUCAACUUUGGAGAAAACAAUAACUUUACAGGAAAAGACCCACACAAAGAAUGUAGAAAACUGCAAGAAAAUAAUCAAGCAGCUGAAGAGACAAGUGGCACUGAAGACAGAGAAGAAUUCCAUUUUGAACCAGCAGCUGACUGUCAUGCAAGUGACUGUGGCUGAAAGAAUGCACCUUUAUGAGGCUACAGCCAUGGAGGAGAACAAGGCAAGCGAUGCUGAGGAGCGCUAUCAGGACAUCAUCCAGAGGAAGAAGCUGAUGGACCUGGCCAGGCAGCAGGCCGAGGAGCUAGCCAUCCUUAGGGCCGAGGUGGAGCGCAUGAGAAAGAAAACCUUCCCAGCACUUGCUAACCUCAAACAUGAAUAACCAAAAGAUCAACAGUGCCUUAUAUCAUAUUCUUUAUAAAACAAACCUUUACAACAUAGUUCUGUAAACUCUAAAUCUGUUCUAACUUUGUUAUGUAGCAGCAUGAAAUAAAACAUUAAACAAUGUGUUUACUGUCAUAAAUAUU